CUAAUCUAAUACUAAUAUUAUGAAAUGUCAAAAAGUUAAAAACAAAUUUAUCAUAGUUUCAGGUUAUAAAUUAAUUUCAUCGUAUUAUCGCAAAUAUUUGAAAUAAAAUUCAUACACAUACAUAUAUUUUUAACUUUUUUAGACAUACAAAAUGUCUACACGUUGGUAUCCUAUUUAUCAAAAAGGCAAUCCACAGCUGAGAGUUUUUCUCCCUAAUUUCUGGAUGAAAAUUGUGCAACCCCAGGCAAAACAAUUACCAAAUGUUGUUCAAUUCCAUUGCUCCAUGGAAAUGACAAAAUUUGACAUAAAAAAUUACUUGGAAAAAAUAUAUCACAUCCCUGUAGUUGAUGUAAGAACCAAAAUAGCUAUAGGAAAAUUCCGACGAGAUGUCGGUAAAGGAUAUGUAAUCAAAGAUGAUGAUGUUAAAACAGCUUAUGUUGUAUUGCCAAAAGAUAUGAAAUUUGAAUAUCCAGACAUAUUUGCCAAUAAGAAGGAUGAUGCAGAAGAGGAACAGAAAGCUUUGGGAGAUGCAAAGAAAAACUUCCAAGACUACUUAGAUCGCAACAAACACAGAACAGAUGUUCCUAGUUGGUUCACUAUAUGAACAAAUAUUUGUAUUUAAGUUAGUAUUCUGUUAAUGUAGAUGUAAUUAGUACCUAAUAAAUAUUUUCUUGAAUGUU